GCCAUUCCGAGGCACAACAAACUCCAUUGCAAAGACCAAAACCCAACCGAAGCACCACAGCAGUUCAGCAAACAGAGAACGACAAUGGCGGCCAUCUCCUCCACCUCCUACUUCUCCUCGCAGCCACAGCUGCCGUCCUCCUCCACGGCCGGCAGCAGCAGAAGCGGCGGCCGGCAGUCGCGGAACCGGCGGGCCGGCAGCUGCGUGAUGCUCGAGGGAGCGGCCUCUGUUGGCGGCGCGGUGGUGGGGAGGACGAGGAGCCUCACGGAGGAGGACCUGGAGGAGCUCAAGGGCUGCCUCGACCUCGGCUUCGGCUUCACCUACAACGAGAUCCCUGGCCUCUGCGCGACGCUCCCGGGGCUGGAGCUCUGCUACUCCAUGACGCGGAGGUUCCUCGACGAGCAGAGGGCGCCGGGGCACCUGGACCUGGAGCCAGCGGCGGCGGCGGCGCCCAUCCCGGACUGGAAGAUCUCCGGACCUGGUGAUGAUCCAGAGGAAGUGAAAGCUAGGCUCAAGUAUUGGGCUCAGACAGUGGCAUGCACAGUCAAAUUAUGCAGCUGAUGGAAGUUGGUAGGGUGCUGGUUCUCUCUUAACAUAUGUGCUACUACAAGCUGGACUGAAGUUGGCUGAACCGCUGAAGUUGAAGAAUCUGCUUAUAUGGUUUCGACCGGUGAGCAAAUACAGAGGGGGAGCUGCUUCCACUUCGAGCUGUUGAAGCAACAGAACUGAUCACUGGGAGAUGAUUGGUGAUAACAUGGAACAGCGAGAAAUCUCAAGGUGGUCUGCAAUCGGAGCUUUUCCAAAAGCGUCAGAAAGCUUGCCAUUCCUCGUGGGGUGUCUCUACGUGGCGCAGCGUUUGCAAGUGCCUGAGAGAUGUUUGUUUUUGCACUCCCCUUUAGUGCUCAGUGCUCACUAGGUGCUUCAGUUGUGCCGAACUGCUCCUGCCUGAGCUUUGCAAAUCCAUGGGUGGAUGGCUCAAGUAUGGCUUUGUUCUCUUGUUCCUUUUAACUUUGAUGUGUUCUCAAGCAGUGGCAAUUGUAUGUAAUCUGCCAGAAAA